ACAUCAGUCACUCAACCGGUCGGCCAUUUCUUUUGCAACGUCAAGAGCAGCGUGUGCUUCUUGACUCUGUUUUCAGAAAAUAGUUAACAAAUUGUGCUAUUUUAUUUGAGCAAAAAAGGAAGAGAACAUUAAAUCAGUGAGAAAAAAAAACCGUGGUCUGCACAAAAACGAAAAUGUCGAAAAAGUUUGAUCUUACUUCAAAAAUAUGCCAGUACUUGGAUCGGCAUUUAACAUUUCCACUCCUUGAGUUUCUGUGUGAAAAAGAGACUGAGGAUCAAGAAGCAUUAUGGCAACAAAUCCUAGAUAUCGUCAACAAGACGAAUUUGAUUGAUUACACCAUGGAUAUUCGCAAGCGUUUGCAGUUGGGCGAUGAAAUGCCACAAGAAUUGGCUGAACGCAAAUCGAAUGUCUAUGCUACUCUUGUAAAGUUACAAGAAGAGGUGUCACAAAUCACUGAAAUUACGGAAAUCCUCAAGGAUGCCGACAACAUCAAGGAUUCCAAAACAUUUGUCGAGGAAAUCAAGAAGGAAUUCGGCUAUCAACCAGAAUGGGCCGAGAAAGCGUAUCGCAUGGGCAAAUAUUUCUAUGAGUGCGGUAAAUACAACAAUUCAAUAUCGUACUUGUACUUCUGUUCGCUGGUGAUGCAACCCACCGACAAAAACUACUUGAAUGUUUUGUGGGGUAUUCUCGCUGCCGAAAUUCUCCAGCUGAACUGGAACUCAGCGUUGGAAAGUAUGAAUCGUCUUCGUGACUACAUCGAUAACAGCAACUUCAGCAAUAUCGAAGCUUUGCAACAACGCACCUGGUUGAUCCACUGGAGCGUGUUCAUUUUCGUCAAUCACCCAAAGGGACGUGAUUUGAUCAUCGAAAUGUUCUUGUACAAACCAUUAUACUUGAAUGCCAUCCAAACGAUGUGCCCGCACAUUUUGCGCUACUUGGCCGCUGCCGUGGUCAUCAAUCCAGGCCGCCGUAAUGCACUGAAAGAUUUGAUCAAGGUUAUCCAACAAGAAUCGUACACCUAUCGCGAUCCAAUCACCGAAUUCUUGGAACAUUUGCUGGUUAAUUUCGAUUUCGAAGGGGCCCGUUUGAAAUUGCACGAAUGCCAAACAGUGAUCAUUAACGAUUUCUUCAUUAUCAUCUGGAUGAAUGAGUUCAUUGAAAAUGCGCGUCUCAUGAUUUUCGAAACAUUCUGUCGCAUCCAUCAAUGCAUCACCAUCAGUAUGUUGGCCGAUAAAUUGAACAUGGAACCAAGAGAAGCCGAAUGCUGGAUCGUUAAUUUAAUUCGUAACGCUCGGUUGGACGCAAAGAUUGAUUCAAAAUUGGGCCAUGUGGUGAUGGGAACGCAACCGUUGAGCCCAUAUCAACAGUUGGUGGAAAAAAUUGAUUCGUUGUCAGUACGUUCAGAAACACUUACUACUUUAGUGGAAAGAAAACAAGCUAAACUCUCGUAUGCCGAAGGCUACAGCAAGUAUUAAACACGCUGGCAACAAAUCUGGUUUUUUCUCUAGUUAACCCUCUCAAAACCCUUUACAUUCAAACACAUGCGACAAAAAAGAACAAGAAUUGAAAUAAUAAAGAAAAAAAAACACUUUGCCACUCUGAUACUGGACAUUUUUCAUCUGUAAUUUUUAUUUACGAUAAUGUGAAUGCAAAGAACCGUAUUGCAAAUGUUAUUCACUACCGAAAAAUAUAAAAUAAAUGUCUUGUAUUUAAGAAAACACACAAA